CCACAUCUUCCAUCUCACCAGUUUUCUCAAAGCAAUCUUUGGCAAUAAUGGGCAAUAAACGCAUAGAAGCAAUGAUGACUCUGGUGGUGAUUAUGAUGGUGUUCUCAUGGAGGAGUUGUGAAGCCGAGAGCUUAAGAAGAUACACAUCAUCAUCAUCAAGACCACAAAGAUUUUUCAAGGUGAGAAGACCAAAUCCACUUCAACAUCAUAAUAACCAUGGUUUCAUUGAUGAUGGUUAUCCUCCAAAAAGUUUCUCAGGACUUUUGCCGAAGACAAUGCCAAUUCCACCUUCUGCUCCUUCCAAGAAACACAAUGUCUAUGGUUUACAGAGUACUAAUUUCCAACGAUAUCCAUGACCUUCGAUCUCCAAGAUACUUACACAUACAAAAUUAUAGCAUAGAAAAUCUAGUUAUGUCUAUCUUCUUUCUCCCUUUGUGUUUUUUUUUUCUUUUAUUUUGGUUUUAAAGAAGGUUAUCUAGGAUGGAAUUAUUGUAUUCCAUCGAGAAAACAAAAUAAGGUCGGGCUAUUUUAGGAUGCACGCCUACUUAUUUGAACCCUACUUGUAUUAUAGUUAGAAGUAUUAUGUAUCCCAUAUGCAAACUCAUGAUUGAAUCAUUGUAAUACAUCAUUCCAAUGUACCUGGUUCUUCGUUCUAUCAA